AUGGCGAUUCUGAGCAGGUUCCACAAGUUUGUGGGCAAAUCCGACUCCGAGGGCCCUGAGCCUGAACCGACUGUCAUUCAGCUCAACGUCGAGGAUAAAGAAGCUGGACCGGCCGUCAAAGAUAUCAGUCAAGAUGACAAGCCUACGGAGAAUGCUCAAUCUGGUGUGCAGAAGAUCGAGGCUAUCACCCUCACCUGGGGGAGGGGAUCCAUGUUCAUGGUCUUGAUAUUCAUCUGGUUCCUCACACUGGUGAACAACAUGAGAUCCUCGGUGGUUUACAGCUUAACGGCCUAUGCAACCAGCUCUUUCGCGAGUCACUCACUUUUGACCGUCAUCAACAUCGUAUCCUCGGCGAUGGCAGGCGCGGUUUAUAUUCCCAUGGCAAAGGCGUUGGAUCUCUGGGGUCGUGCGGAAGGAUUCCUUCUCAUGGUUGCCAUGUGCAUCUUGGGAAUCGUUCUUUUGGCCUCAUCUCACAAUCUUCCGACAUACUGCGCAGGAGAGGUGUUUUACUCUGUAGGAUUCGGAGGUCUCGCUUACAGUUGGGAUGUCCUCGCAGCCGAUGUGACCAACCUGAGAAACCGUGGUCUUGCAUUUGCUUUCACAUCUUCCCCGGCACUGAUCUCGGCCUUUGCUGGAUCCAAGGCCGCCGCCGAGUUCCUGCUUCACGUUAACUGGCGAUGGGGCUAUGGAAUGUGGGCUAUUGUCUUGCCGUCGUUCGCGUUGCCUCUGUAUGCCCUUUUGGCCUACAACCUGCGCCAAGCAGAAAAGAAGGGAACCAUCAACAGAGAAAGAACAAAACACAAGUUCAAUUUCGAGACCAUUUGGUGGGUUAUUCUGGAAUUCGACGUAAUGGGCGUUUUCCUCUUUGCCGGCGGUAUGGUCGUGUUCCUUCUGCCAUUUACAUUGGCCAGUACUGCCCCCAGUGGAUGGCAGACGGGAUACAUCAUUGCCAUGCUUGUUGUUGGCCUGAUUCUUCUCAUCUCCUUUGGCUUUUAUGAGACUUAUCUCGCUCCGGUUCCCUUCCUCAAGUACAAGUUCCUCACCGACCGAACCAUCUUGGGCGCAUGUCUCUUGAACAUGACAUACCAAAUCUCCUAUUACUGCUAUGCUAGCUACCUGUCAUCAUUCUUGCAGGUCGUGUAUCACCUGGAUGUCGCCACAGCCGGAUACGUUGGCAACACCUUCAGUGUGGUCUCGUUUGUUUUCCUCUUCAUCACUGGCUGGCUGAUUCGAGUGACCGGGCGCUUCAAGUGGAUUCUCUGGAUCUGUGUGCCGCUCUACAUCUUUGGACUGGGCCUCAUGAUCCACUUCCGCACGCCAGGAGGAUACAUCGGCUACAUCGUCAUGUGUGAGAUCUUUUUCUCGGUCCCUGGUGGUAUCUUCAUUCUUUGUGUUCAGCUCGCUGUCCUCGCUUCCGUCGAUCACCAGCACAUCGCUGCAGCACUUGCCCUCGUCUUCGUGAUGGGAAGUAUUGGCGGCUCCAUUGGCAGUGCUAUCUGUGGAGCCAUUUGGACAAACACAUUCAUGCCGAAGCUCCAGGAGACUCUUCCAGCGGAGGCUUUGCCCGACCUGGCACUGAUCUAUCAAAGCCUCCCCGUACAACUCAGCUACGCCGUUGGUACCCCGGUUCGAAACGCAAUUAUAGAGGCCUAUGGGUAUGCCCAACCAAUCAUGCUGGCCUCUGGUACUGGAUUCAUGGUUCUGGGAUUCAUUUGGGUUGGCAUGAUGAAGAAUUUGAAUGUGAAGACCAUGACACAGACUAAGGGUAACGUCUUCUGA